ACUAUUUGAUGGCUUUCGAUACCAAAAGUUGACAUUAACUUCCGAAAAGUGAAGGGUAUGUUUGAUUUAGCUUCGCCAUUCGGCAUGAGCAUAUGAGCUGAUGAGGACGCUGCAGAUAGUCCCGACAUGUUGGAUGACGAGAAGAAUCGAACACAAUCUGUGGACCUUUCUUCCGAUAGCUCGCUGAAUGUCGAUAUUUCAGAUGCACUAAGUGAGAGAGAUCGCGUAAAAUUCACAGUGCAUACAAAGACCACGUUGCCGGAUUUCAAGGAGAGCGACUUCAGUGUUGUUCGAGAACACGAGGAGUUCGUAUGGUUGCACGAUAGAUGUGUUGAGAACGAGGAGUAUGCGGGUAUUAUUAUACCUCCCGCACCUCCCAAACCAGACUUUGAUGUGUCAAGAGAAAAGCUGCAAAAACUAGGAGAAGGGGAAGGAAACAUGACAAAGGAAGAGUUUCAAAAGAUGAAACAAGAGCUAGAAGCUGAGUACUUGGCAACAUUCAAGAAGACAGUGGCGAUGCACGAGGUAUUCUUGACAAGGCUAGCAUCCCAUCCCAGCCUCAGGAAGGACAGUAACUUCAAAGUUUUCUUAGAGUAUAAAGCAGAGCUCAAUGUCCGUGGCAAGAACAAAAAAGAGAAGCUAGGAGGGCUGUUCAAAGGACUGGCAAAGGGGGUGGACGAAGUCCUGCUCUCAGGGCAAAAGGAUGUUGAUGAGUUCUUUGAGAGUGAAAAGAAAUUUCUUGUAGAAUACCACAACAAGCUAAAGGACUCUGUGCGCAAGGGAGACGUCAUGACAAGAUCACAUAAGAACUGUGCAGAUGUCUACAUAAAAAUAUCCACUGGUAUUGCAAGCAUGGGGACCAGCGAGUACACAGGGCUAGACAAGUUUCUUAACAAGACAGGAGACUACUUUGAACGAGCACGUAAGCUUGAAGGUCGGGUGGCAUCUGACGAAGACUUGAAGAUGGUGGACCUGUUGCGAUAUUACAUGCGGGACACUGAGGCUGCCAAAAAUCUGCUCCACCGGAGAGCCAAGUGUCUAGCCGAGUACGAGAAUGCUAACAAGGCCUUGGAUAAGGCCAGGAUGAAGAAUAAGGAGAUUACUGCAGCUGAGAGUGCCCAGCAAAAUGCCAGUGAAAAAUUUGAGCAUAUGUCUGAGAUAGCUCGCCAGGAACUAACUGACUUCAAAGCCAGAAGAGUGCAGCAGUUUAGAAAAAAUCUGACUGAAUUAGUAGAGUUAGAAUUGAAACAUGCAAAGGCUCAUCACCAACUUCUCAAGAACACAAUAGCCGCUCUUGAAGAAUUGUAGAUUGAAGAAUAACCAAACAGAGCACAAUCCCAGCCAUACUCCCAAGUUGCUCCAUGUCUAGGUCUCUUGAUGGAAAAGCUAUUAUUGCUGUCUAGAUCUCUUCCUGGAUAAGCAGUGAUUGCUCUUGUCUACUAGAUCUCUUCCUGGAAAAGCUGUGAAAGCAGCCGUUGAAUUUUAAGCUCACCAAACAAUGUAAGAGUGAUUUAAACUAAGGAGUCUCAUUCAUUCUAGUCAAGUACCGAGUAUUGGAAGGUAACGCUAUUGCAAUAUUUCCAUUCGAAUUUGGUAAAUGAAGUUUGAAACUUUGUUUUUAGAUGAUUAUUUCGAAUUUUAAUUGUUCUUCCAAUGUUGAUUGAAAACAAUAACAAAAUAUUAAAGGUGAGACUGAGUUGGGCUCCUUAAUCCAUGAAACGGUUUGGAAACGGUGCUGUGCACUAAUACUAGACUAUAUUUCACUCCAUUUGUCUGUUUUCUGUACUUCCCCUUUAGUUACAUACUAAUCACACGUCAGUGUCUCGUGGACCACUGUAACUUGAUUUGACCAAACUUGACAAUUCAAGAAAGAUGAGGCUCUUACAAAAUAGCAAAAAUCAAUUAGAUAACCUCAGUCUCACUGUGUUGGUAAUAGCCUACGUUAGCCGCUGACCCGCAAAAAUAUCCUGAUAGCCUACACGUAGGCUAUGUUGGUAAUCAAAUCUGUGCUUCUCGGGGUAAAAUAAUUAUUAUAAGCCUGGUGGCGAGUUCUACGGAAGUUAGACACCAACAAGGGGUCUGGCAUUGUCUGUUUAGUUAUUUGGGGACAUGUCAGAGCAGGUUAUAUUUUGUACGUAAAAAAUACCAAUAAAUAAGAGUUAUAGCUGUAAAA